CUUUCUACCGAAAUAAAAAAAAAAUCCAAAAGGGGUUAGGGCUUAGGGCUUUAGGCGCCUUUUUCCCUCUCUCUCGUUCUUGGUUGAAGCGGAGAUGGCGGAGGAGGAUGCGAUUGUUAAAGAAGAGCUAUCCAACUCCUGCUGUAUUGCCUGGAAGGAAAAGUACGCCAAGUUGAAGGAAAGGUAUUCGAAGCUCGAAGACGGCCGCAAUGCUCUUCGCAAGGGACUAUCCAUCUUUGAGCAACAAAUUACCAAGAUACAAUCCGAGAAUCUCACUCUCAAGAAGGCUUAUGAGAGUGAGAAAGUCAGAGCAGACAAUGAGAGUGAAGAAAAAGCAAAAGAAUCAGCUCUGAGGGCCUCCUUAGAGAGUGAAGUUGGCUCUUUAAGGUCCAAUAUUCUUUCGUUGCAGCAGAAUCCAGGUCCAGCCAGUCAAGAUUUGGAGAGAGAAAUGGCACAACAUCAGGAAGUUCUCUCAGAAAAGGAUGCAGAGGUUAGCCGGCUUAAGGAGCUUCUUGAGAAUGAGAGAACUAGAGCUGAUUCAGAGAAAAAGAAAGCUGAGGCAGAGAGGAAAAAAGCUGAUGAUUUAAGGAAAAAAUUGAAAUCUGAGAAAAAUAAGGCAGAUGAAGAAAGGAGGCUUGUUGAUAUUGAAAGAAAAAAGGCUGAGGAAAAUAGGCUUAGGUUGGAGACUGCGAUGAAGGAUGCUGAUGAAGUAAAAUUGAAGUUGGCUUCCGAGACAUCAAAAUUAGCAGAGAUGAAAAAGAAGCUGGAGACGGAAGUACAAAACAGAAUGGAAGAUAGAAAAUCGGCAGACUCAUCAAUAUCUAAAGCUGUAGAGCAAACAAAGCUUGCUAAUACAAACAGAAAGAUUGCCAUGGAUGAAAAACGCCGAGCUGAUGAUUUGUCAAAGCAGUUGGACCAGCAUAGGCAAAGGAUUGAAAUUUUAAAGAAGGAGAUAGUUGAACUUAAGUCAUCUACAAAAUUAGUUGAUAGGCUACCUGAUAAGGAGAGAGAAGUAGAAGAAAAACUUGCUCAGUUAGAGAUGAAAAAACUAGAAGAUAAGAAAAAAGUUGAGGCAUACAAGAAAAAGGCUGCAGAAGAAAAGUGCCGUGCUGAUCAGUUAUCAUGUGAGCUUAAAAAUAACAAGCAAAGGCUAGAGGAGCUACAAAAGGAAAUCCAUGUCCUUAUUUCCUCAAGAUCAUUUGCUGAAUCUCCUCUUCAUUCGCAUGAUAGGAGUUUCAAAUACCAAACAGCUAAAAUGAAAUUCUUGAAGAAGCAAUUGAAGUUGGAAAAGAUGGUGGUAAAGCACUCUAAAGAAGCCACAGAGCUUGAAAAAGCUCGUAAUUGUUUACUACAAGAAGAACUACUAUGCUUAAAACAAGAAUUUUCUCAGUUUUCAAAGCGCUUGAAUUUGUUGGAUAAGUAUUUUGUUUGCCGAGGUGAAGGUAUUCAUGACCUGGAAAAGGUAAACUUGAAAAACCAACAAUUUGGUGUUGAACCGUAUAAGAUGCAUUCUCUUCUCAAAGAUGGGCUUGCUCGAGUGGCUGGUGGUGGUGAAACUGAUUCAUUCAGAGAAAAUAUGGAAGGUAGUGCGUCUUUGCUUGCUAUUUCUGGAGGAAAUGGCACUAGAAAUGUUUCAGGUAUUAAUUCUAAAUUGGAGCCGUUGCUUAAAGGCUUCAAUAAAAAAGUAUUACAGAGUUCUGCCAUAAAUUCCAGUUGGACAUCUUUUUCUGAUAGACCAUUGGUGGGCUCACAGGAAAGACCUACUUCUGGCACCACAUCAGCUAAAUUUGCAGAAGAGAAUUCAAACCUUCCAGCAGCCAUAUUGAGGUUAUCUUGUGAUUCAAAAGAAAAGUGUAAUGAGAAUCUUGCAACAAUAACAGAUACUAGUGCCAAAAGUCCUAUUAGUGGUUUUGCUACUGAGAGGAGAGGACUACAUCAAAAGAAAAGGAAGAGGUCUAUUGAAAGUUUGCAUUCUGAGAAAUUACCUCUCCUGCAUACUGUGUUAGAAAGUCAAACUGAUAAAUCUGCAAACGUUAAAAGGUGCUUGCUUCCUGAUGUGCAAGGGAAUAUUUGCAAUCUGAAUGCUAGAUCUUACAAGAAGAGAAAGGCUUCUUUUGAGGAACAGAAUAACUGUCAUUUAAAUGUAGCAAAUAGGGAAAAUGCGAACCUCAAAAUGUUAGGUAUUGAAGGGUCUGACAUCCACACAAAAUCAACUUCAUCUGUCCAACAUCUUAGUGAAACUGCUCAUGGUUGGAAGGAUAGGAGUGAUGCUCUUGGAGAUUUUGAGUUAGUGAUUGGAAAUAACUACAUGAAGCUUCUUGAUUUGGAUAAUAAUGUAGAUGAAGAAUCUUAUCGUUUAGCAGUUGAAAUGCCUUUGUCACCUACACUUCCAGAGAUUGAGUGUCAAAGCAGCAAUGCACUUGUAGUGCGUAAAUCUGAUAUCUUAUCAGAUAAAACUUCCCUUAGGGAAUUUUCGCAUAUGAAGGAGAACCUUGCUCCAUUAGAACAUUUUGAUGUCCUUGAUGUGGAAAUUGAUUCAAAUACGGCAAAGCUUGACACCUUAGGGGCUUCAAAUAAUUCAUCAUUACAAGAGAUUAGCGAUCAUGCUGCUGAUACAUCUGGCUUAAAUGGUAAUGGGCCUGAUCACUCUCAAAUUACCCAUGCCAAUAUAUCUAAUUCUUCAGGUGAAUCAUUGGGUCUGCCUGAUACAUCAGCCUGUGCAAAUGAGAGAUUGAAGAUUUCAGGUGGAAGCAGAGACAUUCCUUCAAGCCAUAGUAUUCCAAAAUGUUAUGUUGUGUUUUCAGAUAAUGACAAAGACGAAGGCAUUUCCAGGGUAUACUCUGCAGCCAACAACUUUAUAGCUCAGUGCCCAAUGGUUUCUUCUUCAAAUUUGUUUGUUAGGAAUAUUCUCGUCUUCAUUUCUAAUGCUCAAGAUCUUUCAGCUAAAGAGAAGGCCUCCGUGUUCUUGUCACUUGUGCUGCACUACGUUUCUGAAAUGGCACCAAGGGACAUCAGAAAUGGUUGGGAUAGAGACUCAGUCCUGUUUAUUGCAUCUUUUGCUAAGCACAUAUAUGCAGAGCUCUCUGAUGAGAACACUGGAAUAAUUUUUUUCAAAUCAUGCAAUUUGUAUGAGCUGCUUGGUCUAUUAGAGGACUUCAUUUUACAUAAAAAAGUCCUGGUAUUUGAUGAUGUAUGCUCUGGUUCAAAGCCUUCAAACAAUUCAAGGAUCAUCUUUUUUGUGAAUGGUAAUAGUGUAAGUUUGUUUAGUCAAGCAGCUUCUGUAAACUUGCUAGUAGUUGGGGGAAUUUUCUUAGCAUCAUUAUGUGCUGCAGUUGACCAUAUUGGUUUCAUUUGUGAGGCUUCGUGCAACAUUCUGAGGAUGUCUAGAUCUGACACAUCAUUUGCACUAACAAUUCUUCAUAUCUUUGCCUAUUUGUGUGGGCCUGAGUGCUUUAGCAUCAAGGAGUACAGCUUUGUAAUGGCUGUAGUGAGAUCCCUUGUUAUGCUUCUUGAGAAGCUUAAUCCUCUCGAACCGAAUUCAUGUUUUCCAUCUUUGCCUGAGGGUCUGUCCAAUAUAUGGUCAGACGGCAAGUGCCCAUUUUCUGAAGGUACAUUUUCUAUGGAUGUCAUCGCAACAAUGCUCCUAGACAAUCUUCAGAACUGUGCCUGGUCCAGUGUAAGGGAAAAGGAUUUGGUUGACACAAUCCAUCCAUCAACAGCUGGAGAGCAGUAUGAUACAGAGAAAACUAUGGACAUUUCUGCUCACAGAGAGGUGGUCAUAUUGCACUCUGUUACUGAUGGCAAUGUGUGCUGCUUAGUUGAUGUCCUUGCACUAAUUGAGCUUGUAGCCUGUUUCAUGAGCUGGGAUUGGACUGUUGAGAACAUUGUUUGCGCAGUGUUCAAAAUGUUGGAAUCAUGUUUACUGGAGCAUGUUCCUGCUGCCAUUGUUAUUCUUCUCGCACAACUUGGAAGGUUUGGGGUUUCUGCUAAUGGAUAUGAAGACAUUGGGGUUCAGAACUUGAGAACAUGGUUCUUGGCAUUACUCGGCCAGUGUGAUUCUAAAACAGUUGGUCUUGACAUCCAGUUUUCCAUUGGAACUGCUUUACUUGGCCUCAUUUCUCUCAACUUCGAGGAGGUUGUGGAAAGCAGCACUGAAAUUUCUGAAUUUGGAAGUCAAUAUGAUUCUGCCAAUUGCUUAAGGAAGUGGUUUUCACUGUUGAGCAAUGAACAGCAAUUGUCUUUCAGGGAUUUGGUUUCUUCAAGUAAAAGUCACCAAACUGGACACAUCCCUCUUGUGCAAUGAUCAAUAGAAUGUAUGGGAGGGGGAUGUAUUGGUUUCUUUCCUUGUGUUUUGUAUUUAGACGGACAUCAAGUUUCCAUGCACAAGUUGUCAAAGUAGGAAUUUUUUUUAUCAACCUGCUUUGGUUAGUCCUGCCUGUGCUUUCAUUCUUGAACUAUGAUGGGAUAUUCAAAGACAGGUAAGUGAAGCUGUGUGUGCAAAAGAUAGCUGUAUGAAAUACUAGUCUGCAUAUGAUGCUACAAAUGUAGGUCAAGGUCCCUGUAAUUGACAUACGCAGCUCUUGGAGAAGAUGAUACAUAGGGCCUCAUGAAGUCGUGGAGCGUUCGGAUCCACUGUAUGGAAGCUGCUCGUUCUCUGUUUUCUCCCCAUUUCACCAGGUAUUGUAUGUUGUAUAGGUUUCCUUUUCUAUGGGGAAAAGCAAUUUCAUCCUCAGAAAUUUCUUCCAUUUUCCCUCCAAAAGGAUCCAUUAUCACGAAAACCAACUUUCGGUCCAAAAACUUGUCCAAAAUCCCCUUAAAUGCUAUCUCUGGCAUAGGCUUCUCAACAAAAUCUGAUUUUCCCUUGAAACUUAUCUUAUACAGUGUUAUUCUAUCCAACAGUACUUCCAAUGGUUCUCCUUUUCUAUACCCUGUAAAGAACAUCACAGAUUCUAUCCAACUCAGUUCAGUACAAUCUUCUGCUCUCAGCUUUAACUCAGGAAAUCUCUGGUUCAUCAAGGGGAUAAGCUCCUUUUUUCUUCCUAGGAAGAAUGACUCAAAUACCACUUGUGUUGGGCUCUCACCAUCUAGUUUCUGAAUGAGGAUUCUUAUGAACAGAUCUUUGGGCAGCUUAGGUGCAAUGAAUUGCCAUCUGUGGACGAGUUUUAUUCCUUGUUCUGGACUCAAGGUAAUGGAAAAAACAGUCACGUGGGGCGGAACCCUAACCAGCCUAACUUUCCAGGCCGCAAUCACCCCAAAGCUAGCCCCUCCACCACCUCUAAUAGCCCAGAAAAGAUCCUCUCCCAUUGUUUUUCUGUCAAGAAUCCUGCCAUUCACAUCCACCAACCGAGCAUCAACCACAUUGUCAGCUGCUAGCCCAUGUUUCCUCAUCAUAGUGCCAAUCCCACCUCCACUAAAGUGCCCACCAACACCCACACUGGGAUACAACCCUGCUGAAAACCCAUGACUGCCACCACUUUCCUUAGCAAUGGUAUAGUAGAGCUCCCCGAGUGUGGCGCCACUCUGAACCCAGGCUGUCUCACCUUCCAAAUCCACGCUAACUGACCGGAAAUCGUCAAGAUCAAUGACUAUGAAUGGGGAAUGAUAGCAGAGAUAUGACAGGCCUUCAUAGUCAUGACCCCCACUUUUCACCCUGACUUGCAUCCCAUGCUUUCUGCUGCAAACAACAGCCGCUUGAAUCUCGGCCAAAGUGGUUGGUGUAACUAUGAACCGAGGCCUGGGUGCAGAAGUGGAGUUUAACCAUCUCGGAUUCUGUUGAGCUGAUUGAAGUAGUGAUGAGUAUGAAGAAGAGGAAGGGGAGUGAAGACGCGAUAAUGAAUUCUUAACAGACAUGCAUUCUGCAAAACCGCCUUCUCCAGCAUCGCAGCUGCGUAUUAUUGAGAGACAGAGCACAACAGUCAUGCAAUGGUAGUAAUUCAUCACUUUGUAUUCUUCUAUCUCACUUCACUGUGGUGACAAUCCCAACUAAAUCACCAUAUAUAUAUAUUUACAUAUUUUAAUUAAUUAAUACCUACUCCA